AUGACACGAAUUACUUUAUUCUCCAGAACUCUUAAUUAUUCAUCAACAACAGCCCAAGAAAAACCUUCCAAGUUUCAUUUAAAUGUUGGAACAAUUGGACAUGUUGAUCAUGGAAAGACUACUUUAUCUUCUGCAAUUACAAAAUGUUUUUAUGACGACAUUGACAGAGCCCCUCAAGAACGUGCUCGUGGAAUUACUAUUAACAUUGCAAAUUUAGAAUAUGAAAGGCAUUAUGCACAUAUUGAUUGUCCUGGCCAUAGUGAUUAUAUUAAAAAUAUGAUAACGGGUACAUCACAAAUGGACGCUGCAAUUUUAGUUAUAGCUGCAACAGAUGGAGUUAUGCCUCAAACAAAAGAGCAUUUAAUGUUAGCUAAACAAAUUGGUUUGGAAGAAGUUAUUGUUUUUAUUAAUAAGGCAGAUCUUGUUGAUAAAGAUGAUUUGGAAUUAGUCGAGAUGGAAGCACGUGAACUUUUGAAUGAUUACUCUUUUAAUGGUGAGACCACCAAAGUAAUUUAUGGCUCUGCUCUACAGGCUUUACAGGGAGAAGAUCACAAUUGUAUUGACGAAUUGUUGAAAGCCUUGGACUCUUUAAAAGUGCCAAAUCGUUCGGAGGAAGGCUCGUUUCUAAUGCCAAUAGCCAACAAAAUAAAAAUUCCAAACAGUAAAGAUUCCGUUUUGAUUGGAACAGUUGAAAGAGGGCAGCUUAAAAAAGGCGAACAUAUCGAAAUUAGAGGGUUUGAACAUUUCCAAAAAGUAACGGCUGGCGAAAUUCAAGUAUUUAAGAAAACUGUACGGGCUGGAGAACAAUGUGGAAUUUUAUGUAGAAAUUUAAUUUUUGAUGGUGUUCAUAAAGGAAUGUGGUUAGGCGCUCCUGGGACUGUGCAAACGACAAAUAUUGUUAAGGUAAGAAGGUUUUUUUGA